UGGGUGGGCGAGACCUUAACAGGCAUGCGCAAUUUGUCUCGCCUCCGAAGCUCGCUGGGUAGAAGGAAGCCUCUUCCUUUUUCCUUCCCAAAGCAGUCCAAGGAACAUACCACGAUAAUGAGGAGGUUUCUCACCAGCAGUUUCCUGCAGCUCUGCCGUCGGGGCUCCGUUUCCCUUCUGCCUCUGAGAGUGUUGGGGAGCUUUCGGGGAGGACCCCAGACUGGAUCUUUGAAUCAUGCACACAGCACAGAGCAGGGAAAUGCCAUAAAACCAAUUGGGCGCUAUCCAAUUCCCAUUAAGAAGGAUUUGCCAUAUGAUAUAGUAGAACUCAUGGAGGAAGUAGAAGUAAAGAGUGGUUUUUUGCCCAAUGUGUUUAAGAUGAUGUCUCAUCGACCAGCAGAAUUUAGAGCAUUCUUUGCUUAUUACAAUGCCAUAAUGAACAAGGAGACAGGAAACCUAAGCAAGGCUGACAAAGAGCUCAUUAUUGUGGCUACUAGUGUUGUUAACAAGUGUCCAUACUGUGUAAUUGCACAUGGCGCCUUACAUCGGAUAUAUUCCAAAAAACCAACACUGGCAGAUCAGGUCACAGUGAACUGGAAAAUGGCUGACCUAAGUGAUCGGGAGCAGGCCAUGCUUGAGUUUGCGCUUGCCAUCUGUCAAGCAGAUACCAUCACUGAAGAGCACUUUCAGAAGCUGGAGGCACACGGAUUUGACCGAGAAGAUGCCUGGGACAUAGGCAGUAUUUCAGCCUUUUUUGCCAUGUCAAAUCGCAUAGCUCACUUCACAGAUAUGCAUCCAAACCCAGAAUUCUACACUAUGGGAAGAAUACCAAGAGAGAAAGAGAAGGCCAAAUCCUCCUAACAAUGUUUGAUGGCUCCCAGAUCUUUGCAAGGACGUUGAGUUCCUGACACUGAGUCCAAGCUUGGCUAUUACUUGGUGACAAGUACAAGAUCAAAAUGGGCAGAUAUUGGAUAUCAUGAGAAAUGAAAUUUUCCAUUGUAUAUGACUUUUGAGAGGUUUUCUAGUAGGGUCUCCACUGAAAUAAGGUACUCUGGAGACAUGGCGAGAUUGGACAUUUGCCGCUCAAUUUCUUUUUAUUGUAAUCAGUAAUAUACAGUGAUUUCUUAAUAACUGCAGGGUUAAUGCUUUCAUCAUAUCUAUUAUUUCUAUUAAACCUAUUUGGCCAAGCAUGUAUCUACUACAGCAGAUCUUUUUCAUGAGCAAAGUUGGAAAUAGUUUUUAUUGAGACACUGGAAAAGAUCAUGAGGAAAGUCUUCUGUCUCUUUUCCUCUACCAGUAUAAAAUUACUGCUCUGUUCUCCUUGCAAAAUCUUCUCAGGAGCAUUUCCAUCUAAGUUAUAUCAACCUAUAAAAAUGUGAAAGUUUUUCUAAGGUCUGCAUUGCACAGCUCUGCUAAAUAACUUUGAAGUUUGUUUCCUUAACUCUUACAAGAAAAGGGGAACAACUAACCAAUUUUAUGAAGGAACAUGCUCCUUGUCUCAUAUGUUGUCAUUUUAAUCCUAGUUGUCAAAAAAAGCUUUUUGUGUGUGGAAAGAAUAUACUUUGAACUGUUGUCUCCACAUCUGCUUUAACCCUAACUUGCUCAAAUUACCAGUUGGGUUAGGUAGAGGAGACUGUGGUGCCUGCCCAUUGUACAUGGGUACAGGAGACUUCAGAGCUACCUGCAGGCAGGUAUUGUCCAAAAUGCAUUCACUCACAUCCAUUCAUUCACAGCCCCAUAUCUUGUUGCAUUUUUCAUCAAAUAUCACUAAAAUGGAGUUGAACCUCACUUAGUUCUUUCCCCUACGUACAUGAGAGAUUAUUUAAGGGCAGAGGGGCAAUGAUGCAGCCUGGUCGGCCUCACUGGCACUCUGGAUUAACUGACUGGAUAUCCUAGAAGAGAAUCUGCUGCAAUAUACACCUGGAAUCAGACUGGGCUUUUUCAGCAGACACAUCACCGUGGAAAGGGUGCCCUGAAGUAGAAACUCUAACCAAUACUGAUCUAGAGAGAUGGGCUUAAUAAGAGAUUCAGCAUCUAACAGUGGGGUGUAGGCACCAUGAAAUCACUGAAUGUUGUUGGCUUUUCUUGAACACCCUGAGGAUCAGCACUUCCCUUAUAAUUUGCAAUGCUUGUAUAACUUGUCGUGCCAUGAAUAAAGUAUCUUUGCAUAUCA